AUGAACUGUCCCUUGCCCAAUCAGGAGAGCUGUAUCUGUGAUCCUGGGUACAUCCUCAGUGCUGGAGAGUGUGUGCCUGAAGCAAACUGUGGCUGCACCUUUGAGGGCUUCUAUUACGCUGAAGGACAGUCAGUGGUGUUGGACGGUGACUGUGGGAGACGGUGUGUAUGCAGCAGCAUGUCGAUGAUCUGCCAUCAGCACCAGUGUGGUCCAGAAGAGGUGUGUGGAGUCCAUGACGAACCGAGCACCACAUACAUAACCACCAACAGAUCAAGCAUUCCCCCAGCUGUGUUUUAUCCAUUUGGAGCUGGUGACACAGAGAAUGAUCGCUCUGAUGAUGGGAGUUCAUCUGUGAUCUACCUUCUGCAACAGUUCAUAUUUUUUGGACAAACAUAUAGCCGAAUAUAUGUCAACAACAAUGGACACCUGACUUUUGAUGGGCCAUUUCACAGCUGGACACCAUACCAGUUCCCAAGUUAUGGCGAAAGAGACCUCAUCUCUCCAUUCUGGACAGAUAUUGAUAACCGUGGCAAUGGUGUUAUUUCAUAUCGUCAGUACACCUCUGGCAGUGUCCUUACAGAGGCCACACAAGACAUUAACCAAUAUUUCCCUGACCUGAGCUUCUCUGCUACUUGGGUCUUUGUUGCAACAUGGGACAGAGUUGCAUAUUUCCCUCUAUCAAGAACAGAAACAUCUUUCCAAGUGGUUUUGAUUUCAGAUGGCCAUUUCUCAUUUGUUUUAAUGAAUUAUGGAACAAUUGCGCCAACACAGCGAUACAUACAGGCUGGUUAUGACACCAUCAGCUCAAGAUACCAUUUCUCAGUUCCUGGGUCAUUCUCCAAUAACAUCACAAACUUGACAUACAGCAGCAAUGUCAAUGAGCCAGGCAGAUGGGCCUUCAGAACAGAUCAUGGAUCACGGGGUUGUCAAUUUAAUGGUAUUCCAGUGCAACUUGGAGACUCUUUCUGGAGUGAUGCCACCUGCCAGCAGAGAUGCACCUGUACCAGCAGCGGCCUCCAGUGUAGCCAGGAGCCCUGCAGUUAUUCCCAAGCCUGCCGUCCAGCUUCCUUCCAGUACUCUUGCCAGAACAUUCAACGGCAAACAUGUACCAUCUCUGGUGAUCCUCACUACUAUACCUUUGAUUAUCAGAUUUUUCACUUUCAAGGGACCUGCACUUAUGUUCUAUCCGAGGUUAGUCUUUCUCUGAAGAUUCUAUGGCUUUCUGUUGAUUGUAUAAUAGAUAUUAAUCAAUCUGUAAUCCUUAAAUAUUUUAGGCUUGUGGCAACGGUUUACCAUACUAUCGCAUUGAGGGCAAAAAUGAGCAUCGGGGCAGCACACAUGUGUCAUGGACUCGGAUGGUCAUAGUGUUUGUCUAUGAUGAAAUAAUCGAACUGGUCAAAGAUCACUAUUAUGAAGCGAAGGUUAAUGGAAGCUUUACAGCAACACCCUUUACCCUCCACAAUGGCUCCAUUCAGGUCUAUCGGUCAGGUUUUUCUUUGGCCAUCAGCACAGACUUUGGUCUGGUUGUUACAUAUGAUGCAUACAGCUACGUCAGCA